CUUGGUUCAAAGAAGGUUCAUGUUGUGAUUCUGUGGAUAAUAACAUGUGUGAGAGUUUUAACAACUGGAUAGUAGAGUACAGAGGGUUGCCUAUUAUCAGCAUGUUUGAAGCAAUUAGAGCAAAGGUCAUUGUAAGAAUUCAAGUAAACAGAGCAAUGCCUGCAAAAUGGAAUGGAACUAUUUGUCCUAAAAUUAUAAAAAAGGUCAACAAGCUGAUAUAGCUUACGGAUAAGUGUGAGACAAUAUGGAAUGGAAAAGAUGGAUAUGAGGUGAAACUAGGGAAGCAUGGUUUCAAAGUUGACAUGGAAGCUAAAACAUGUUCAUGUAGAUAUUGGCAACUGUCUGGAAUUCCAUGUGUUCAUGCUCUUGCAGCAUCUCAAUGUGGUCCUGAUGACAUUGUUUCACUCAUUGCAAGCUGCUACACAAUUGAAGCUUACAACAGGACUUAUGAGCAUUGCUUGAUGCCAAUGGAAGGCAUGCCUAGCUGGCCUGUGUCUGACAGACCAAGGCCAGCUGUUCCAGGCUAUGUGCAAAUGCCUGGGAGACCUAGGACUGAGAGAAGAAGAGGUGCAGAUGAGCCUCCAAAACAUCCACACAAGCUUUCAAAAAUUGGAAGAAAAGGUAAGUGCAGUCUGUGUGGACAACCUGGGCACAACAUGAGAAAGUGCACAAGUAAUCCCAACAGGGGGAAAUACAAGAAUAAGAAGAGAAAGAAAGAGACAAAGCAAAAUGAACCAAGAACAUCACAGAGAGUCACUAAGGGAACAUCUACAGGGGACAGGGCACAAUCUUCACAACAGGGCACCCAGCAACAUUCUUCACAUCAAGGCACACAACACCAAUCUUCACAGCAGGGCACCCAAACCAAACCUACAAGUGGAAGGGCCCCUAAACAAGUCAACAAAACUGCACCUAAAGCUAAAAUGUGCAAAAGACUAGGAGCAACUUCUAGGCAGAGGAGGACCGUGAGCAUGUUUGAUGAACUUAGGAGUUAG